AUGUUUACUUUAAGAACUUCUUCCAGAGCAAUCAGACCUGUGUCUAGAGCUUUUUCCACGUCAAGGGUUUUUUUCACUGAAAAAAACGUUACUUCUUAUACCACGGCCAAGACUCUAGCUGAUGUCAAAGGUCCUGAAACCUUGAUCGGUCCAGGUGCUAAAGAGAAUACUAUUCCUACCGAACUCGAUCAGGCUACCGGUCUAGCAAGAUUGGAAUUGUUAGGUAAAUUGGAAGGUGUUGAUGUUUUCGACUCGAAGCCACUAGAAUCUUCAAGAACAGGUACAAUGGCUGACCCUAUCAUAGUCAACUCUUAUGAUGACUACCGUUAUGUCGGUUGUACUGGUUCCCCAGCCGGGUCACAUACCACUAUGUGGUUGAAACCAAGUGUUGGCAAGGUCGCUAGAUGUUGGGAAUGCGGUUCCGUUUACAAGUUGAACCCAUUGGGUGUUCAUACUGAUGAUGGCCAUUCUCAUUAG